AUGUGUGUCCUUUUCGUGGGCAAAAAAGGACGACCUAAAAUGGACACGAUUAGGUCAAUGGAACCAUUGCUAGUUUCCAAACGUCGUGUCGAAAUCAUGUUACGUUUUUUGGUGGAAAAUAACCCUCAUUAUCGCGAUGCAAGUGUUUCUUUCAGCCGUCGUAACUUAGAUCUUUUAUGUUCUGGUCCUGGUUUUUUGCCUGGAGAAGAUAUAGGUAUCCCGUCGACCUUAGAGAUACAAUAUUUGCCCUAUGGGGAUUCUGCAGCUGAAGCUGUCAAUAGUGGAUAUGAUGCAGAGGAGCGUGGGGACUUUUUGAUACCGGAAGAUGAGUCGUACACUGAGAUUACUGGCUUUUCGAACACGGUGUCAGCAGGUAACGGGCACCAAUCUUCUAAGGUUCGUGCCCUGCAGUGGGUUUUGGAUCACAAGCCGUACGUGAGUGUGCAACCAGGAUCUAAGCUGUUUCCCGACCGAGACCCACGUAUGUUGACCUUCGUCUUUCCGCAUCUUGACCCGUGGGGUAUAGGUGGUUUCAAUCACACAUCGCGUUCUGGGGAUGCUAUUAUAUCGAUGCAGCACCAGACUCGUAAUUUAUUGAUGCAAUAUGAUAGUCCGUUUGAACGUGAUCCCAACUUUGCGUACGUGUGCUGGAAUGCCGUUCAGAAGCUGGAAGCCGCACGCAGUCUGCAGUUCCGGACACAGGCUUCAAAUCUUGCGUAUCUGGCUGACGAGAUCAAUGAGCACAAGGACAUCAUUGAAGACAUGAACGACCGGUGGAUGCGAGAUGACAAGUGCACUCCUACUUCUAGAGGUGAGCGACGUGUAGCCGCUAUUCUUGCUAAGCUCCGUCUGGUCGCGAAGGACCUGAAAGGCUCGAAUGGUCGCCGUAUCGCUCUUCGAAAUCAGAUCCGGGGUUUGUUGAAAGCUAAUGGUUGUCCUGCUCUCUUC